CGGCGGAAACACCCGAGCAGUACCGAACCAACCUCGCGCUGGAACUCACGGUCGCCCGGUCAACGCAUUAUUGACCAUUUCCUGCGAUAAUUCCAACAACAUAACAUAGUCUGUUCAUAAUACUGCCAGAUAAUAAGUUUAAGACUUUUAACAUUUAGUGGUUAUGCUGUGACUCAGUGACAUAAUUAACAUUAAGUAAGUUGAUCUGCGACGGACAUUGUGUUGUUAGUAUGGACGUAAUAUGCACAGGAUCGUUAACAGUGGCUAAUGGAAAGCGUUAAUUAAGAAAAUUGGAGAAGACUUGACACCUUGCUCGACGCCGACAGGGGGUCGAUACGUAACAAGUAAACAAAGGGAUCGGGCUUGAUGAAAGUACCUUUCGAUUUUAACAAGAAAAUGCCGACACAUGUACAUGAGAACAUUGCUCUACUCAAUAUGAUGUCGUCAGAUAAUUUUGAAGAUGAAUUGAAAAGCGUCCAAUUACAUUUUCCAUCAAACAGAAGAUUACACAACGACGGCGCAUGCGUGGAGGAGAGGGUGAGGACUUCCCGCGGGGACCUGCUGGUGGCGGUCCGCGGGGACCGCAGCAAGCGCGCCAUCAUCACCUACCACGACCUCGGGCUCAACUAUGCCGCCAACUUCCAGGCGUUCUUCAACUUCAUCGACAUGCGGGCGAUAUUGGAUAAGUUCUGUAUCUAUCACGUAACCGCGCCGGGUCAGGAGGAGGGCGCCCCCACACUGCCCGAAGAUUACACUUAUCCGAGCAUGGAUGCAUUGGCUUCCCAAAUAGAUUUCAUUCUCGGACAUUUUGGUAUAAGGUCAUUCAUUGGUUUUGGAGUGGGUGCCGGAGCUAACAUUUUGGCGCGCUACGCCAUUGUUAGUCCUCAAAAGGUAGAUGCGCUGGUCCUGAUUAACUGCACGUCUACUCAGGCUGGGUGGACUGAAUGGCUAUAUCAGAAAAUAAAUACUAGACAGUUGCGAUCGAGCGGUAUGACACAGGGAGCGUUGGAUUAUCUGAUGUGGCAUCACUUCGGGCGCAGCACUGAUGACCGCAAUCAUGAUUUAGCGCAGGUUUACAAAGAGAGUUUCUCGCACGUUAAUCCGGUCAAUUUAGCCAUGUUCAUUGACUCGUAUUUGCGCAGGACGGAUCUCAGUAUCUCGAGGGAUACGCACUCUAUAAAGGUGCCGGUUCUGAACGUGACCGGUGCUCUGUCGCCGCAUGUCGAUGAUACGGUGACGUUCAAUGGGCGACUGGACCCCUCUAAGACGUCGUGGUUGAGCAUCUCCGACUGCGGCAUGGUGCUGGAGGAGCAGCCGAGUAAGAUAGCAGAAGCGUUCAAACUAUUCCUGCAGGGCGAAGGGUACUGCAGGUAGUCGCGAUGCCGACACCUCACACAACGAACGCUGCGCUGCAAUCUUAGAAUGCACUCGAUGCUUUCACGCGAGCUUUAAACACUGUUGUAGACACAUUGACAAUGUAGACGAAAACCAUGUUGUUCCUUGUUUUUAGAUGUUUAUGGAAAUAAAUUUAUUUUGUGGCUUAA